CACAAUAGGGCAAAUGUUUCUGGGACCAAUUUCCCUCUUUAAACUUCACUCUCUCUAAUUUUCUUGCAUUUUCUCUCGCUUUCUUCCCUUCUUGUGCCAUCUUCGCACGCUUUUUCUCAAUGUAAGUGCUUUCCACUUCUUUAUCCCGUCGAUUUCUUCACGCCCUAGCGUAUGCACUCGUAAUCCGUCAAUUUUUUUAGUACAAUUUUCACUGAUAUUUUCUAAGGUACGGUUUUCGGAUUAGGUUAUUUGGGCGUGCUUAAAUCAAACCCUCCCAGUGUUUCAUUGGUUGUGAUCGAUAAUGUUAUUGAUCGAGAUUGUGAAAGUUUGAUUAGUUAGUAGAAGUUAGGGUCUUUUUCUUUUUCUGGUUUCGGGGGUUCUCUAGAUAUGAUUAAACAGAUACUCGGUAAAAUACCUCGCAAACCCUCAAAAUCAUCUCACGGCAAUUCAAACGGUGAAGGAGGGUUAAAUGAUGGUUUCUCACUGACCUCAUCUUCUAAUACCCUCUUGAAAUCGAAUUCUGUUUCUUCAAAGUCUUCCAGUUCUGGUGCAGUUGGGUCUCGUUCUGGGAAUGAGACUAUUGCUCAACACUGUACCAAUCAACCUAAGAAAUCAGCUCCUACAACGGCUUCAAUAAUGGCUUCUACAGUUUAUGAGGCUUUGCCUAGUUUUAGGGAUGUCCCUAGCUCGGAGAAGCAGAAUCUUUUUAUUAGAAAGUUGAACAUGUGCUGUGUUGUGUUUGAUUUUAAUGAUCCUGCCAAGCAUCUCAAAGAGAAGGACGUUAAACGGCAAACUCUACUUGAGCUUGUUGAUUACGUUUCUUCUGUGAAUUCGAAGUUUAACGAGUUAGUGAUGCAGGAGAUGACAAAGAUGGUAGCAACAAAUUUGUUUCGCGCUUUACCUUCUUCCAAUCAUGAUGGGAAGUUGGCAGAUAUCAGUGAGCCUGAUGAGGAAGAACCUGUUUUGGAACCGGCGUGGCCUCAUCUGCAGAUUGUGUACGAAUUUCUCUUUAGAUUUGUGGCUUCGCCUGAGACAGAUCCUAAGCUCGCGAAAAGAUACAUUGAUCACUCGUUUGUGUUGAGGCUGCUUGACCUUUUUGACUCGGAAGAUCAACGAGAGAGGGAUUACCUGAAGACUAUUCUCCACCGUAUUUAUGGGAAGUUCAUGGUGCAUCGACCAUUCAUUAGAAAAGCUAUCAACAAUAUCUUUUACCGGUUCAUAUUUGAGACAGAGAAACACAGUGGGAUUGCUGAGUUGCUUGAAAUAUUGGGCAGCAUAAUAAAUGGUUUUGCUUUGCCUUUAAAGGAAGAGCAUAAACUGUUCCUCGUCCGGGCACUGAUUCCGCUACACAAGCCUAAGUGCGUUUCUCUUUAUCAUCAGCAGCUUUCUUAUUGUAUUACUCAGUUUGUCGAGAAAGAUGUCAAACUAGCUGAUACUGUCGUUAGAGGCCUUUUGAAAUAUUGGCCGAUAACUAAUAGUGCAAAGGAGGUAAUGUUCCUAGGUGAGUUGGAGGAAGUUUUAGAGGCAACACAAGCAGCAGAAUUUCAGAGAUGUGUGAUCCCAUUAUUUCGUCGGAUUGGUAGAUGCCUUAAUAGCUUACACUUUCAGGUAGCCGAACGAGCUCUGUUUCUGUGGAACAAUGACCAUAUUCGAAAUUUGAUCUUACAAAACAGCAAAGUGAUACUGCCUAUAAUAUUCCCUGCUUUGGAGAAAAAUAUACGAGGCCAUUGGAACCAAGCAGUUCAGAGUUUGACCCUGAAUGUUAGAAAAAUAUUCUCUGAUGCUGAUCAGGCACUUUUUGACGAGUGCUUGAUGAGAUUCCAAGAAGAAGAAAUCAAGGACAGGGAGAAGCUAGAAAAGCGGGAAUCCAUAUGGAAAGAACUGGAAGAUGUUGCCGCAGCUAAUGUUGUAAGUAAUGAGGCCAUUCUUGUGUCAAGAUUUGUGUCCUCUGUUGCUAUCACAACCAGUGCAAAUCAAUUGGCUACUGCCGGUGGUUGAGAGCUAUCAGAGAUCCAAAUUGUUUGAUCGGACCUCAUGAUGAGGAACAAAGGUGACUGGGGCGUUAAUGUGGAUAACAGUCAGCUCCUUGUUUCUGGGCAUUUUGUCUCCACAAUUUGUUCUAUAAUCAUGGGUAUUAUGUACCAUAAGGAAUGUAGUUUAAUAGGCGAUGUUUGUUUUAGAAGUCUAGCCAUUGAGAUUAUGCAGUGAUACAUAAACAAUCAUUUCCUUUCGCUACCUUUCUGCAAUUUAAACAUUGGUAAUUUCUAUUUCUUGCCUUUUGCAGAAAAAGAUCCCAACCUUUUUU